GAAAGAAGCGCUCCUUCAGAGGAUGCGGUGACAGCGACACUUGAUAUUUCUGCAACAAAGAAAAGCUGCACGACCCGACAGUGCCUUUGCUUCCGUCUCUCUCUUUUUUUUUUCUCUCAAUUCUGCGACUCGUAAAAAAGCUGCUGUUUCCCAUCUCCGGAGCUUUUUGAUGAGCGCAGCGCCGCCGCCGACCUGCUGGGGGCCUGAAAGUGGAGCGGCUUUAUGAAUGGGAUGCUCGGUUCCCUGACUGAGUGGAUAUAAGGAGCAUCAAUAUUCAUUUCCAGGCCUCUGACAGGAGUCUGCUGAUAUCUUGGAUGCCCUUUUUAGGAGCCUGACUGCCCCUUCUGUCAAAAACUAGACAUCUAAUCUGCCAACAUGCCCAUCCUGAAGCAGCUGGUGUCGUCGUCCUCCCAGACGAAGCGCCGCUCCCGCAUGGACCUGACCCGGGAGAUGAUCAGCGCCCCCCUGGGGGAUUUUCGCCACACCAUGCACGUCGGGCGCAGCGGCGACGCGUUCGGAGACACCUCCUUCCUCAGCACGCGCUCAGGGGAGCCUCCCCCGGAGACCACAUCCUUCCCGCGCUCGCCCCGGCCGGGCCUCCUCUCACGCACCUUCAGAAGCAGCAAGCGCUCCCAGUCGGUGACCCGGGUCGACGAGCACGGCGACGGCGCCCUGCUGGCCCCCGGGGGGUCGCCCGCUUACGUGAAGAACGCCAUGUCUCUGCCGUUCCUUAAUGACGAGAACAGAGGGGACGGCAUGGGAGCGAAGAGCCUCUCUUCAAGUCCCUUCAAGUCCCACGACGAGCUGGACGGGAGGGACGCGGCCGCUCACUUCCUGGAGCUGGAGGAGCGGCGGUUCGGCGAGCUGACGGAGCUGCCCGAGAGCUCCCACCCGCACGUCGGCGGCAUGAAGCGCGCCGACUCGGUCAUGUCCUUCCACGUGGACCUGGGCCCGUCCAUGCUGGGGGACAUCCUGGGCGUGAUGGAGAAGGAGGACGACGACCUGGGCUACGAGGAGGGGAAGAGCAGCGAGGGCCGCGCCUCGCCGCCCUGCAGCCAGCACGGCGAGGAGGAGGAGGAGGACAGCAUCGAGCCGAGAACGGACGCGGACACGGAGGAGCAGACGGGGGAAGAUGAAGAGACUGAGGACGCGCAGCAGCAGGCCUCUCUCCAACCUGCCGGCUCCAUUGAUCUGCGGCCCGAGGACGGAGGGCCCUACACUCCAGAGUACACUCCCGAGAUUCAGCCCAAACACUUGAAGCACCUGGACAGCUGCUCCAUGUCCAGCUCCGGCUCCGCCGCGCUGGACGAGAAGCCAAACAGCCACAUCUACGCCGCAGACACCGACAGCGCCACCUUCAGCGCCCCGCCGGAGGAAGAGAGCAACUUCUCGUCUUUCUUAGAGGAUGAAGAUGACGAGAUCCGCGUAUGAAACGCCGAGGAGCGCGGAGAUAAAUUAGACCGGGCGUCGGAGAGGUGGGUUAUGCGAGACUGGCAAGUCCUUUGACGGUGUGGAUUUGCACUUGAACGGUGGAGGAGAGGCACUGUACUCGGGCGCCGUGGGAAUGGAAUUGUGAAUCGGGGAUGGAGGACUCCUGCUUUGAAGGGUUACAAAGAAAGUUUGACUGCUCCGUAAGGACGAGCCCGUCUCCAUCUGUCACAAAGCCUUACCCUCCGCUUUCCGUUUGUCUGUCAAUCUGUCGCUCCCUUUUGAACACUUGAGGGGACUGACAUGGAUGGGCAAACACUUUUUGAAUAUGGAACAUUCCAGAAGUAAGCACAGCGGACUGGUUAGAGAGG